AGCCGCUCAAAUCAUACAAACGCUCUCUCCCCCUUUGUGCUCCAUGGUUUCCUUACUUCUCCGGCUCACUUCUUCGUAAAUCUCUCGCCGAUAUCAGAUCUCUGCCCAUGUCGUCCGGCCACCAAGACCAAGACACUGGUUUCGUCGACAUCCUCCCUUCUUUCGAGGGAAGUUCAAAAGCAGAAACUCCUGGCGCCACAACUGGAAUUAUUUUGACUCUUCGAGAGAGUCUUCAGGAGUGUAAGGAUAACCUCGCAACAUGCCAAGAAGAGCUUGAAGCUGCGAAGUCGGAAAUUCAAAAAUGGCACUCUUUAUUUCAGAAUGAGUCCUUCAUACCUGCUGGCACAACUCCUGAACAUAAACUAGUGAUGAAUUAUCUUCAGUCUCUGAGAUACUCUGAGGAGUCAUUAAGAGAACAGCUUGAGAAAGCAAAGAAAAAGGAAGCUGCAUUUAUUGUAACGUUUGCGAAACGGGAGCAAGAGAUAAUGGAAUUGAAGUCUGCCGUCCGAGAUUUGAAAGCACAACUCAAGCCACCAUCGGUGCAGGUACGGCGGCUAUUACUAGAUCCAGCAAUUCAUGAAGAAUUUACUCGUUUAAAGAAUUUGAUUGAGGAGAAGGACAAAAAGAUGAAGGAAAUGCAGGAUCACAUCAACGCUAUGAGUUUUACUCCAUAUAACAAGAAUGGGAAGAUGCUGAUGGCCAAAUGUCGGACGCUACAGGAGGAAAAUGAGGAGAUAGGCAAUCAGGCUUCUGAGGGAAAAAUGCAUGAAUUAUCACUGAAACUUGCCUUGCAGAAAUCUCAAAAUGCAGAACUCAGAACUCAAUUUGAAGGGCUGUGCAAGCAUAUGGAAGGGCUGUCAGAUGAUGCAGAAAAGUCGCAUGAAAUGGUUCUUAUCUUGCAAGAGAAGCUAGAAGAGAAGGAUCGUGAGGUUCGUGAGUUUAAAAGGCAGAGGCUUGAGCCAAACCCGGAGACCCAAAUGGAGGAUGAGAAGCCUGAUGUAGCUCCUAAUAAUAUUAGUGACAAUAUGAUUGUAUCUGGUGAAACUGGAAACUAGGAUCUAGUAGGUGUUUUUUUUGUAGAUAGGAUAGGGAACACUAAUGCCUGGGAUAUGUGAGCAAUAACAAUUUUGAACUUGGGUAUGAAUGAAUCUCUUCUGCAUGACUGGUGGCGAUUCUCUCGCAACGAUCAAGGCGGUGGAUUUGUGUUUCUGUCCAGAUGUUUCUGAUCGCAGCUAGUGUUUCUGAUUCAGGUAUGCAUUGGAAAUUCUUUGUGGACUUUGAAUCAUGCGAGCCAGUGUGUCGACUGUCGACAACAAUUCUAUACGAGAGCUUGUCACGCAAAUGUGAUCAUGGUGUAAAACUCGAAUAUGAUUAUUAUUCGAAUAAAGAGCUGGUGGGUUAGCCAAUAGUAAUUGAUUUAUUGAUUGAUAAUAGAUGUAGUCUUGUAUUAUUA